UAAAGGAAAAAUUACAUAAAAAUUUAAAAAUUCAACGAUUUGUCGUCCAACUACCGAAAUUGUUCACAAAUUUUGUUUGUGUGUUUUGAUAAUUUUUCUAGCAAAAUUGUUAAAUAACGCAUUUCCAAAGCAAAAUCCCAUAAAAAGCGUAAUAAAAUCAGUAGUUGCACGCCAAAUUUGUUAAAUUUGACCCAAAAUUAAUAAUUUUAUUUUUCUGUUUUUGCCUUAAAAAAUCAAUUCGGGACGGUCGCGCAAAUAAAAAAUACAACAAAAACUUUUUAAAAAACUGUACGCUUGGACCUUGACCAAUCGAAACAACCGCUACAACGGUCAUUUUCCAAGCUACAAAAUUCAAAAAAACCCAACAACAAAAAUCCACAAACCUACAAAAAGCGAACAAUAAAAAUAGACGCUUCAAAAAAGGCGCGCAAACAGCACAACAGCAACACAGCAUCACCAAUAUAGACCCAUACAUACACACAUACAUCAAUCAAAAUAAUGGCCGGAUAUUUACCUCGCCCAGAGUCCCCACGACCCGCCAGACCCACACGCCCUCGCUUCGACCCACGGGAACCCAGGUAUCGCCCCGCAUCUUGGCAGUAUGCCUGUGGCCUCUGCCAGGAGGACCACGCCAUACGGUCAUGCCCGCGGUUCCGGCAAAUGACACCGUAUCAGAGAUACGAGACAGUUGAGAGACGGAGUUACUGUCGGAACUGUCUGGCGCGCAGCCAUCUGGCCCCAGACUGCCCCGUGGUCACUGCCUGCCGGACAUGCGACUACCGCCAUCACACAAUGCUGCAUGGAGCCCCACAGCUUAGGGAGACAUACGGCAGCUACAGCCCGCCCCCAAUGGAGAUUGCCAACCCACGGCAACUUGCAAUCGAACCAGCCAACCAGAUGCCCAUCGUCCAAGGCCCUCCCCCGGUCGAGAUACCUUACAGCCGGGCCACUGUUUUUGUACCCACGGCGAUGGUGGAAUUGGCACCCGAGGAGCAGGACGAGUGGGCUGGGGUACGGGUACUUUUGUGCCAGGCAUCGACCAUCACCCGAAUCGCGGCAGCCACAGUAACUCGCCUGGGGAUACCAACGAGAGAGCGCAGAGGGCACCGUCUGGCAACAAUAAGACUUCGGUCAAGGCAUGCGUCGAGGAGGACCAUGUAUACCAUCCAGGCAGUGGUGACCCGGGAUUUGCCGCGACGACCCUAUUCAGAUCCCAUCAUUCCCGACCCCACAAGCAGCCUAAGAUCCCUUCCUUUGGCAGAUGCUGACCCUAGGGGCAACGAACCAAUCGAUGUAGAGGUAGGGGCCGAUGCCUACGCCCACCUCCGGAGGAGUGGUGUUGUGCAACCCGGAUUGGGAGCCGUCUUCGCCCAGGAGACAGAUUGGGGAUACGUGUUCGUCGGCCCAGUCACCUCACAGGCAAGAAACCAAAAUUAAAAAGACACAAGUGACACAACAACAACAGACUCAAGCACCAAAUUCUAAAAGCGACCCACAAUCUCAGUACAGAAAUAAACAACAAUCAAAAGUGCGGGACACUAACAACACCAACCACAACCAAAAGUUCGGGCCACAAUUAAAACUAUAACUUUAUAUUGCACAAUUCCCUAACAUUAAAAUA